GGUGCGGUGGGUCCCAGGCUCCCCCUGCAAACCUCUCUCGGCGGCGGGGCGGGAGGCGAGCUUCCUCCUCCUCUGUGUGCGGUGCAGCGCCGCCCGACCCGUCCUUCCGCCCUCACCUCCGCGGCGGCGCCCCGGACGAGCGCCGGGCGAGCGGAAGGUGCGCCGGGGCCGACACCGCGAUGCGGCCGGCGGGAUCGGCGGCCGUCGCGGCAUCGCCGGCGCGGGACCUGCCGCUGUGCGGGGAGCCGCCGCAGGCCCCUUCGCCCCCGGCCUCGCAACAGAUGCCCCUGGUCCCGCCCUCGGGGCCGCCGCUCCCCGCCCCGGGCAGCGCGACCCUCAACCGUCUUCCGGAGCCGCUGCUGCGGAGGCUCAGCGGGAGCUUGGACCGGGCUCCCGGGGGCCGCGGCUGGCGGAGGCUGGCGGAGCUGGCUGGGAGCCGGGGGCGCCUCCGGCUGAGUUGUCUGGACUUGGAGCAGUGUUCUCUGAAGGUCUUGGAGCCUGAAGGAAGCCCAAGCCUAUGUUUACUGAAGCUAAUGGGUGAAAAAGGUUGUACAGUCACAGAGCUGAGUGACUUCCUGCAGGCUAUGGAACACACUGAAGUUCUUCAGCUUCUCAGCCCCCCAGGAAUAAAGAUCACUGUAAACCCAGAAUCAAAGGCAGUCUUGGCUGGACAGUUUGUGAAAUUGUGUUGCCGGGCAACUGGACAUCCUUUUGUACAAUAUCAGUGGUUCAAAAUGAAUAAAGAGAUUCCAAACGGAAAUGCAUCAGAACUUGUUUUUAACACAGUACAUGUGAAAGAUGCAGGCUUUUAUGUCUGUCGAGUGAAUAAUAACUGCACCUUUGAAUUCAGCCAGUGGUCACAGCUGGAUGUGUGUGAUGUCACAGAACUAACAGAAAGCUUCCAGGGAAGCUCGAAUGGCAUCUCUGAAUCCAAGUUGCAAAUCUGUGUUGAACCAAAGUCCCAAAAGCUGAUGCCAGGCAACACGUUGGUCCUGCAGUGCGUUGCUAUUGGAAGCCCAAUUCCUCACUACCAGUGGUUCAAAAAUGAAUCACCCUUAGUGCAUGAGACAAAAAAGAUAUAUAUGGUUCCUUAUGUGGAGUUGGAACAUCAAGGAACCUAUUGGUGCCGUGUACAUAAUGAUCGAGACAGUCAAGAUAGCAAGAAGGUAGAAAUCAUCAUAGGAAGAACAGAUGAGGCAGUGGAGUGCACUGAAGAUGAAUUACAUCAUCUUGGGCAUCCUGAUAAUAAAGAGCAAACAGCUGACCAGCCUUUGGCAAAGGACAAGGUUGCCCUUUUGAUAGGAAAUAUGAAUUACUGGGACCACCCCAAGCUUAAAGCUCCUUUGGUGGAUGUGUACGAAUUGACCAACUUGUUAAGACAGCUGGAUUUCAAAGUUGUUUCACUGCUGGAUCUGACUGAAUAUGAGAUGCGCAAUGCUGUGGAUGAAUUUUUACUACUUUUAGACAAAGGAGUGUAUGGAUUAUUAUAUUAUGCGGGACAUGGUUAUGAAAACUUUGGGAACAGCUUUAUGGUUCCUAUUGAUGCUCCAAAUCCAUAUAGGUCUGAAAACUGUCUGUGUGUGCAAAAUAUACUGAAAUUGAUGCAAGAAAAAGAAACUGGUCUCAAUGUGUUCUUGUUGGACAUGUGCAGGAAAAGAAAUGACUACGAUGAUACCAUUCCAAUCUUGGAUGCAUUGAAAGUCACUGCCAACAUUGUGUUUGGAUAUGCCACGUGUCAAGGAGCAGAAGCUUUUGAAAUCCAGCAUUCUGGUUUGGCAAAUGGAAUCUUCAUGAAAUUUUUAAAAGACAGAUUAUUGGAAGACAAGAAAAUUACUGUGCUACUGGAUGAAGUUGCAGAAGAUAUGGGUAAAUGCCAUCUCACCAAAGGCAAACAGGCUCUAGAGAUUCGAAGUAGCUUGUCUGAGAAGAGAGCACUGACUGAUCCAAUUCAAGGAACCGCAUAUUCUGCGGAGUCUCUGGUGCGAAACCUGCAGUGGGCCAAGGCACACGAACUUCCAGAAAGUAUGUGUCUUAAAUUUCAAUGUGGUGUUCAGAUUCAGUUAGGAUUUGCGGCUGAGUUUUCCAACGUCAUGAUAAUCUACACGAGUAUAGUCCACAAACCACCAGAGAUAAUAAUGUGCGAUGCCUAUGUUACCGAUUUUCCACUUGACCUAGAUAUUGAUCCAAAAGAUGCAAAUAAAGGGACGCCUGAAGAAACCGGCAGCUAUUUGGUGUCAAAGGAGCUUCCCAAGCAUUGCCUCUACACGAGACUCAGUUCACUGCAAAAAUUAAAGGAACAGCUGAUUUUCACAGUAUGCUUAUCAUAUCAGUACUCUGGAUUGGAAGAUACCAUAGAGGAAAAGCAGGAAGUGAAUGUUGGGAAACCUCUCAUUGCUAAACUAGACAUCCACCGAGGUUCAGGAAGGAAGACUUGCUUUCAAACUUGUAUUAUGUGCAGUGGCCCUUACCAGAGCUCUACCUCCACCUCAGUGGGAGCCGAACAUUAUCAUUCUUCUCAAGACUCAUUCCUUGGUGUUUACCAUUCACAUCUUGGUAAUUCAAGUGGUGCCGUACCGUCAGAUAGCUGUCGAUGCAGCCGGACUGCAGAUGCAUUUAUUUCGAGUCAUCAUACACACCAUUAUUCGUGUCAGUUUGGUAGAAGUAAUGUGCCAGUCGAGACAACCGAUGAAAUACCAUUCAACUUCUCUGAUGGGCUCCAGAUUUCUGAAAAGUGACCUCCUUGUUUUUGAAAGUUAUCAGAAUUAUUAGAUGCCUCAUAUGCAAGUCUUAUAGAAAGUGAGGGAUUGUGAAAAAGCACAUAUAUGUAUGUAGAGACAGAAAAUUAAUAACAGCUGUUUCAGGAUUUAGAGAUGUUGCAAUUAUAUUAUUUAAUCACAGACUUCCUCAUCCUCCUUUCUUUUUUAAGGUUUUGUGAAUUAGCUGGUUUGUUCUGUAAGACUGAGAUAUAGAUGUAUAUCAGUUUACUUGUAUAUAACAAAAAUACUUUCAUUUUGACCACUCUGAAGUAAGAACAGUGGGAAUGGCAUUAUUGUAGAAUAAGUCAUUGUGUUUUUAGAACCAAUGAUCAUCAAGCUUAACUUCAUUUUAUCAGCAAGAGAAACAAAUUGAGGCAUCUUGUUUAAGUGAGAGCUGGCACUGAAACCUCCAGAUUUCUAGGCCUAUGUUUAUGCCACUACACACUGCCUCCUGAUGGGUUCUGAGAUAGGUAUUAUUUUUGUAGAUAGAUUUAAAGAUAGAUAUGUAAAUAUACAUAUCUGUAAAUAAUCUAGAAAUGUACAAACUUUAGGGUUUUUUGCUACAAAUGUGAGUUAAAAGGUUUGUAUUAUAAAUUCUUUAUAGAACAGCUGAAAUUUUUUGUUCUAAGGUCAUGAAAGCACAUGAGAGGUAAUGAAAAGUUUAUGUUAAAGCUAGACAUCAAGAUAAGCUUGCUUCUGGAUAAUCUUGGUCGCUGUUGGUCUGACUCUUACAAACAUUGGACAUCUCUUGAUAAAAUGUAUUUUUUUAUUGAAAUCUACUCACGUUAAGAGAUAACUGUAUCGCCUUUGGUUCUACCUAGAAGAAAUCUUAAAUCCUAAAAACAACUUAUCUCUUUUUUUUAUUUUACAAAAGAGAAAGUGAGGUUCAAAAGUAUUAAGUGUCUUACUGAGACCAUUCCACUAACAGUGUCAGAUUGGGAAUUCAGAGCUAUCCAAAUGGCCCCAGAGCCAGACCUUCUUGCACCACACUGCCCUGUCCCCUGUCUUCUCUAGCCUCUGGUCAUCUCUGUAGGAGAGCGGACACAAGAAGGCAUUGCAUUGUUCGACCUCAGCGCAGAGCAUGCACAUCAAGGAACUCAAAAUCUUCACUGGUCUGUACAUGUCUUUGAUCAAAAAGUGCUUCAAAUAAUGAUUUUGGUAUUACAAAUAAAUUGGCAAAUGCAAAAUUCAGAAUUGUGAAUAGUGAGUAUCAAUUGUGCUAUGUUUAUAAAGGACAAAAUUGCCAUGAUUAUCUUGAUAGAUGCAGAAAAAGCAUUUGAUAUAAUUCAGCACCCUUUCAUGAUAAACUUAGUCAACAGCUAGUAAUGAAAGGAAACUUCCUCAACAUGAUAAAAGGCAUCUAUCAGAAACCCACACCUAAGAUCAUACUUCAUGGCAGCAGACCGAGUGUUGAAUGCUUUCCUCCUAAGAUUAGGAAGAAUACAAGGAAGGAUGUUCUCUCUCACCACUCCUAUUUAACAUUGUACUUGAGGUUCCAACCACGGUAAUUAGGCAAGGGAAAGAAAGAAAAGGCAAGCAUACUAGGAAAGAAGGAAAACUAAGUGUAUUUACAAGUGACAUGUUUCAUUAUACAGGAAGUCCUAAAGAAUUCAUUUUAAAACAAAUGAGUUCAACAGGUUAUAGGAUAGAGAUAAGGUCAAUAUAUAAAAAUCUGUUUUAUUUUUUUAUGAAUGACAACUUUAUUUUUUUACUCUUAAAGGCUGAUGAAAAACCAUUGUAAAUUCUAUUAAAGAAAACACAUCUCAAUUAAACACUGGUAACUAUACUUACUUAUUAAAUACUAUUAAAGUUUUCUAAAACAACUUGAAACAACUCAGUACAGUGGGUUCAAGACCACACAUUACAUACAUUAAGGCCAGAUUACAAGUUAUCUUCAUGGGGGGUGUUUUGUGGGGGUUUUUUUUCUGUUCUUUUUUUUAUUUAAUAAAUCUUUAUUGUUCAUAUUA